AUGGGUGUGACUAUGGGACACUGUGUGGGCACAAGGCCUCCUUCCUGUCUCGUCCUGCUGCUGCUGAAGCUGCUGGCCACUGUCUCCCAGGGACUGCCAGGAACAGGGCCCCUGGGCUUCCACUUCACACAUUCCGUGUACAAUGCUACAGUGUACGAAAACUCAGCAGCGAGGACCUACGUCAACAGCCAAAGCAGAAUGGGCAUCACCUUAAUAGACCUAUCCUGGGACAUCAAGUACAGAAUAGUGUCUGGUGACGAGGAAGGUUUCUUCAAAGCUGAGGAGGUCAUCAUUGCAGAUUUCUGCUUUCUCAGGAUAAGAACUAAAGGUGGCAAUUCUGCCAUAUUAAACAGGGAAAUCCAAGACAAUUAUUUAUUAAUCAUAAAAGGUUCAGUCAGAGGAGAAGAUUUGGAAGCAUGGACCAAAGUGAACAUCCAGGUUUUAGACAUGAAUGACCUGAGGCCUCUGUUCUCACCUACCACUUACUCAGUCACCAUUGCAGAAAGCACACCACUUAGGACUAGCGUUGCCCAGGUAACGGCUACAGAUGCAGACAUUGGUUCCAAUGGAGAGUUCUACUACUACUUUAAGAACAAGGUUGAGCUUUUUUCAGUCCACCCCACAAGUGGUGUCAUCUCUUUAAGUGGACGAUUAAAUUAUGAUGAGAAGAACAGGUAUGACCUAGAAAUCUUAGCAGUGGACCGGGGAAUGAAACUCUAUGGCAAUAACGGAGUUAGCAGUACUGCGAAGCUUUAUGUUCACAUUGAACGCGUAAAUGAACAUGCUCCCAUUAUCCAUGUGGUCACUCACACCCCUUUCUCAUUGGACAAGGAGCCAACAUACGCAGUAGUGACAGUUGAUGAUUUGGAUGAGGGGGCCAAUGGAGAGAUUGAAUCUGUUUCCAUCGUGGCUGGAGAUCCUUUGGAUCAGUUCUUCCUGGCUAAAGAAGGCAAGUGGAUGAAUGAAUAUAAAGUCAAGGAGAGGAGGCAGGUGGAUUGGGAAAGCUUCUCCUACGGCUACAACCUCACUCUUCAAGCGAAAGACAAAGGAUCACCGCAGAAGUUUUCAGAACUAAAGACAGUCCACAUUGCCAACCCCAAGAAGGACAGUAUCCCAAUUAGGUUUGAAAAAGAUGUGUAUGAAGUCAGCAUAAGUGAAUUUUCCCCUCCUGGUGUCUUGGUGGCCAUAGUCAAGGUAAAUCCUGAGCCGCUGGAUGUGGAAUACAAACUCUCUCCUGGAAAAGAUACCGAGUACUUCAAGAUCAACCCUCGGUCAGGUCUGAUUGUCACAGCGCAGCCCCUGAAUAUGGUGAAGAAAGAAGUUUAUAAGCUGGAGGUGACAGACAAGGAAGGAGAGGUGAAGGCACAAGUCACCAUCGGGAUCGAGGAUGCCAAUGACCACACCCCAGAAUUCCAGCAGUCACUGUAUGAGACGUUUGUGAACGAGAGUAUCCCUGUCGGAACAAAUGUUCUGACUGUGUCAGCCUCUGACAAGGAUAAAGGAGAAAAUGGCUACAUCACUUACAGCAUUGCCAGCCUGAACCCUUUACCAUUUGUCAUUAACCAGUUCACGGGCGUGAUCAGCACCACUGAAGAGUUAGAUUUCGAAUCCUCCCCAGAGACGUACAGGUUCGUUGUAAGAGCUUCUGACUGGGGCUCACCGUACCGCCAUGAAAGCGAGGUGAACGUGACCAUUCGGGUAGGAAAUGUCAAUGACAACAUCCCUCUCUUCGAAAAAGUGGCUUGCCAGGGAGUCAUUUCCUAUGACUUUCCUGUUGGAGGUCACAUUACAGCUGUCUCUGCUAUUGAUAUUGAUGAACUCGAACUUGUAAAGUACAAGAUCAUUUCAGGAAAUGAACUUGGGUUCUUUUAUUUGAACCCAGACUCUGGUGUUUUACAGCUUAAAAAGCCACUGAUGAAUUCUGGCAUUAAAAAUGGUAAUUUUGCCCUCAGAAUCACAGCUACAGAUGGGGAGCAUUUUGCAGACCCCAUGACCAUUAACAUCUCUGUCCUCCACGGGAAAGUGUCUUCAAAGAGCUUCAGCUGCAGAGAAACUCGAGUGGCUCAGAAAUUGGCGGAGAAACUACUCAUUAAAGCAAAAGCUAACGGGAAGCUGAAUGUAGAAGACGGAUUUCUUGACUUUUAUUCAAUUAACAGGCAAGGACCACAUUUUGACAAGUCUUUCCCCUCUGAUGUGGCCGUGAAGGAGGAUAUGCCAGUUGGGAGUAACAUCCUGAAGAUUAAAGCAUACGAUGCCGACUCUGGCUUCAAUGGGAAGGUGCUGUUUACAAUAUCAGAUGGGAACACGGACAGUUGCUUUAAUAUCGACAUGGAGACUGGACAGCUUAAAGUUCUCAUGCCCAUGGACCGAGAGCACACAGACCUCUAUCUCCUCAACAUAACCAUCUACGACCUCGGAAAGCCACAGAAAUCCUCAUGGCGAUUGCUGACAGUCAAUGUGGAGGAUGCUAAUGACAACAGCCCAGUGUUUCUGCAGGACAGCUACUCAGUCAGCAUUCUUGAAAGUUCAAGUAUUGGCACCGAGAUUAUUCAAGUGGAAGCAAGAGACAAAGACCUGGGUUCUAAUGGUGAGGUAAUGUACUCGGUUUUGACAGAUACACGGCAGUUUGCCAUCAAUAGCUCAACUGGAAUUGUUUACGUAGCUGACCAGUUGGACAGGGAAUCCAAAGCCAACUAUUCUUUGAAAAUAGAAGCCAGGGACAAAGCAGAAAGUGGCCAGCAACUGUUUUCUGUUGUCACCCUGAAGAUCUUUCUGGAUGAUGUCAAUGACUGCUCCCCAGCUUUCAUCCCCACUAGCUACAGUGUGAAGGUUCUGGAAGAUCUCCCCGUUGGUACAGUCAUUGCUUGGCUUGAGACUCAAGAUCCUGACCUUGGAUUAGGGGGUCAAGUGCGCUAUUCUUUGGUCAAUGAUUAUAAUGGGAGAUUUGAAAUAGACAAAGCCAGUGGCGCCAUCCGCUUGAGCAAAGAGCUGGACUAUGAGAAGCAGCAGUUCUACAACCUCACAGUCAGGGCCAAAGACAAAGGGCGUCCUGUCUCCCUGUCAUCAGUUUCCUUCGUGGAGGUGGAGGUGGUGGAUGUCAAUGAAAACCUCCAUAUGCCCUACUUCCCAGACUUUGCUGUCACUGGAUCUAUAAAAGAAAAUUCACGGAUUGGAACAAGCGUGCUGCAGGUGACUGCCCAUGAUGAGGAUUCUGGUAGGGAUGGAGAGAUCCAGUACUCCAUCAGAGAUGGGAGUGGUCUCGGGAGAUUCAGCAUAGAUGAUGAGAGUGGAGUCAUCACGGCUGCUGACAUUCUUGAUCGAGAGACAACAGGGUCGUACUGGUUGACGGUGUAUGCCACAGACAGGGGCGUGGUCCCUCUCUAUUCCACCAUUGAGGUCUACAUAGAAGUUGAAGAUGUGAAUGACAAUGCCCCACUGACCUCGGAACCCAUCUAUUAUCCCGUUGUCAUGGAGAACUCUCCCAAGGAUGUGUCUGUCAUUCAGAUACAAGCUGAAGAUCCUGACUCUGGUUCCAAUGAAAAACUGACCUAUAGGAUUACAAGUGGAAACCCACAGAACUUUUUUGCCAUCAAUAUCAAAACAGGUCUGAUUACCACGACUUCGAGGAAAUUGGAUCGAGAGCAGCAGGCGGAACAUUUUCUGGAGGUGACCGUGACAGAUGGCGGGUCUUCUCCAAAACAGUCAGCGAUCUGGGUGGUCGUUCAGGUUCUGGACGAAAAUGACAACAAGCCCCAGUUCCCGGAGAAGGUUUACCAGAUCAAGCUUCCAGAACGUGACCGCAAGAAGAGGGGAGAACCCAUUUACAGGGCUUUUGCAUUUGACCGAGAUGAAGGCCCUAAUGCAGAAAUCUCCUACAGUAUUGUGGAUGGGAAUGAUGAUGGAAAAUUCUUUAUUGACCCCAAAACUGGCAUGGUCUCCUCCAGAAAGCAAUUCACGGCAGGGAGCUAUGACAUCCUGACGAUCAAGGCUGUGGACAAUGGCCGGCCACAGAAAUCCUCCACAGCUCGCCUCCAUAUUGAAUGGAUUAAGAAGCCCCCACCUUCGCCUAUCCCGCUGACCUUCGAUGAGCCAUUUUACAACUUCACAGUCAUGGAAAGUGACAGAGUGACAGAGAUUGUAGGGGUGGUGUCUGUGCAACCAGCUAACACCCCUCUGUGGUUUGACAUCAUUGGGGGGAAUUUUGACAGCUCUUUUGAUGCAGAGAAGGGUGUUGGGACAAUUGUCAUUGCAAAACCUCUGGAUGCAGAGCAAAGGUCGGUCUACAACAUGAGCGUGGAAGUCACCGAUGGAACCAAUGUUGCUGUCACUCAGGUAUUUAUCAAAGUGUUGGAUAAUAACGAUAAUGGCCCCGAAUUCUCCCAACCACAUUAUGAUGUGACAAUUUCUGAGGAUGUGCUUCCUGACACAGAGAUACUGCAGAUCGAGGCCACAGACAGAGACGAGAAGCACAAGCUGAGCUACACCAUCCACAGCAGCAUCGACGCCAUCAGCAUGAGGAAGUUCCGGAUGGACCCCAACACGGGCGUUCUCUACACUGCCGAAAGGCUGGAUCACGAGGCCCAGGACAAGCACAUCCUCAACAUAAUGGUCAGAGAUCAGGAAUUUCCUUACCGAAGAAACUUGGCCCGAGUCAUUGUGAACGUGGAGGAUGCUAACGAUCACAGCCCUUACUUUACCAAUCCACUGUACGAAGCAUCGGUGUUCGAAUCAGCUGCCCUGGGAUCAGUUGUUCUACAAGUGACAGCUCUGGACAAAGACAAAGGGGAAAAUGCAGAGCUCAUAUAUUCCAUAGAAGCAGGAAACACAGGUAACACGUUUAAGAUUGAACCCGUCCUGGGCAUCAUCACCAUCUCCAAAGAGCCAGACAUGACAGCAAUGGGUCAGUUUGUCCUGUCAGUUAAAGUCACAGAUCAAGGCUCCCCACCAAUGUCUGCCACGGCGAUUGUGCGUGUCUCCAUCAGUGUGUCUGAUAACUCCCGCCCCAAAUUCACUCACCGAGACUACCAAGCUGAAGUAAAUGAAAACGUUGAUAUUGGAACGUCUGUCGUCCUCAUCUCUGCCAUCAGCCAGUCAACUCUCAUUUACGAGGUCAAAGAUGGAAACAUCAAUGGGGUCUUUACCAUAAACCCAUACUCUGGAGUCAUCACCACUCGGAGAGCUCUGGAUUACGAGCAGACCUCUGCCUAUCAACUCAUCAUCCAGGCCACUAACAUGGCAGGCAUGGCUUCCAAUGCCACCGUCAGCAUUCAGAUCGUGGAUGAAAAUGAUAACCCCCCAGUGUUUCUCUUCUCGCAGUACUCGGGCAGCCUGAGCGAGGCUGCACCCAUCAACAGCAUCGUCAGGAGCCAAGACAACAGCCCACUGGUGAUCCGAGCCACUGAUGCUGACAGCAACCAGAAUGCAUUACUGGUGUAUCAGAUUGUGGAGGCCACAGCCAAGAAGUUCUUCACGGUGGACUCCAGCACAGGGGCUAUCAGAACGAUUGCCAACCUAGACCAUGAGGCCAUUGCACACUUCCAUUUCCACGUGCACGUGAGAGACAGUGGGAGCCCCCAGCUGACUGCAGAAAGCCCUGUUGAAGUCAACAUUGAGGUGAGAGAUGUGAACGACAACCCGCCUGUGUUCACCCAGGCUGUGUUUGAGACUGUCUUACUUCUCCCCACCUACGUUGGUGUGGAGGUUCUGAAGGUGAGUGCCACAGACCCUGACUCUGAGGUACCCCCUGAACUGACAUACAGCCUCAUGGAAGGCAGUGUGGAUCACUUUCUAAUGGACCCAAAUAGUGGAGUGCUCACCAUAAAAAAUAAUAAUCUCUCCAAAGAUCAUUACAUGCUGAUAGUCAAAGUAUCUGAUGGAAAGUUCUACAGCACUGCCACGGUCACUAUCAUGGUUAAAGAAGCCAUGGACAGUGGCCUCCACUUCACACAAACUUUCUAUUCCACCUCCAUCUCAGAGAACAGCACAAACAUAACCAAAGUCGCUAUUGUCAAUGCAAUUGGAAACCGCCUUAACGAGCCCUUGAAAUACAGCAUCUUAAACCCAGGAAAUAAGUUCAAGAUAAAAUCUACCUCGGGAGUCAUUCAGACCACAGGAGUACCCUUUGACCGCGAAGAACAAGACCUGUAUGAGUUGGUGGUAGAAGCCAGUCGUGAGCUAGACCAAUUGCGCGUGGCGAGGGUGGUAGUCAGAGUCAACAUUGAAGAUGUAAAUGACAACUCUCCUGUCUUUGUGGGCCUCCCUUACUAUGCUGCUGUGCAAGUUGAUGCUGAGCCAGGGACUCUGGUAUACCGGGUGACAGCCAUCGACAAAGAUAAAGGUGCCAAUGGAGAAGUGACCUAUGUCUUGCAGGAUGACUAUGGCCACUUUGAAAUUAACCCUAAUUCAGGGAAUGUGGUUUUAAAAGAAGCAUUCAAUGCAGACCUCUCCAACAUUGACUAUGGGGUCACCAUCCUCGCCAAGGAUGGUGGCAAUCCAUCUCUGUCCAACUCAGUGGAACUUCCCAUCACCAUUGUUAACAAAGCAAUGCCUGUGUUUGAUAAACCCUUUUAUACAGCAUCAAUCAAUGAAGAUGUCACAAUGGAUACUCCCAUUCUCAGUAUCAAUGCCACCAGCCCGGAAGGCCAGGGCAUCAUAUACCUCAUCAUUGAUGGGGAUCCCUUCCAACAGUUUAACAUUGACUUUGACACAGGGGUCCUGAAAGUCAUUAGUCCUUUGGAUUAUGAAGCCAUAUCCGUUUACAAGUUGACGGUGAGAGCCAGUGAUGCCCUUACAGGGGCCAGGGCUGAAGUCACAGUGGAUGUGCUAGUAGAUGAUGUCAAUGAUAACCCUCCUGUUUUUGAUCAGCCCACUUACAACACAACACUGUCUGAGGCAUCUCUCAUUGGAACCCCAGUUCUGCAACUUGUCUCCACGGAUGCAGAUUCAGGAAACAACAAGGUGGUGCAUUAUCAGAUUGUCCAGGAUACCUACAAUAGCACGGAUUACUUUCACAUCGAUAGCUCCAGUGGCCUCAUCCUGACAGCGAGGAUGCUAGACCACGAGGUGGUGCAACACUGUACCUUGAGGGUCACAGCAACUGAUAAUGGUUUUCCAUCCCUGAGCACUGAAGUCCUGGUUCACAUCUACAUUUCUGACAUCAAUGACAACCCCCCGGUGUUUAAUCAGCUCAUUUAUGAGUCCUAUGUUAGUGAAUUAGCCCCCCGGGGUCAUUUUGUAACCUGUGUGCAAGCCUCAGAUGCGGACAGCUCAGACUUUGACCGGUUGGAAUACAGCAUUUUAUCUGGGAAUGAUCGGACCAGCUUUCUGAUGGACAGCAAGAGUGGAGUCCUCACUCUGUCUAGCCACAGGAAGCAACGCAUGGAGCCUUUGUACAGUCUCAAUGUGUCUGUGUCCGAUGGGCUGUUUACCAGCACUGCCCAGGUGCACAUCAGAGUCCUGGGGGCAAACUUGUAUAGCCCUGCCUUUUCACAAAGCACAUAUGUAGCCGAGGUGAGGGAGAAUGCAGCUUCUGGGACAAAGGUCAUUCAUGUCCCAGCCACAGACGGGGAUCCAGGAACAUAUGGACAGAUUAGCUACUCCAUCAUCAAUGACUUUGCCAAGGAUCGAUUCCUCAUAGACAGCAAUGGACAGAUCAUCACAACGGAAAGACUGGACCGCGAAAACCCUCUGGAAGGAGAUAUUAGCAUUUAUCUGAGGGCCCUGGAUGGUGGCGGAAGAACAACUUUCUGCACUGUGCGGGUGAUUGUGGUGGACGAGAAUGACAAUGCCCCACAGUUCAUGACGGUGGAGUACAGGGCCAGCGUCAGGGCUGAUGUCAGAAGGGGCCACCUAGUCACUCAAGUUCAAGCUUCGGAUCCAGAUGAUGGCGCCAAUUCUAGGAUUACAUAUUCCCUCUACAGUGAGGCCUCGGUCUCAGUGGCUGACCUCUUGGAAAUUGAUCCUGAUAAUGGCUGGAUGGUGACCAAGGGCAAUUUUAACCAACUGAAAAAUACGGUGCUGUCUUUCUUUGUGAAGGCAGUAGAUGGUGGCAUCCCCGUCAGGCACUCCCUCAUCCCUGUCUACAUCCAUGUCCUGCCCCCUGAAACGUUCCUGCCUUCAUUUACCCAGCCACAGUACUCCUUUGCCCUUGCAGAAGAUACAGCCAUUGGAAGCACAGUGGACACCCUGAGGAUACUGCCCAAUCAGAGUGUCCGGUUCAGCAUGGUUAAUGGAGAACGACCAGAGAAUAACAGAGAGGGUGUCUUUAUCAUAGAACAAGAGACAGGCACUAUCAAACUCGACAAGCGCCUUGACCAUGAAGUCAGCCCAGCCUUCCACUUCAAAGUAGCAGCUACUCUACCCCUAGACAAGGUGGACAUCGUAUUCACAGUGGAUGUAGACAUCAAGGUCUUGGAUAUGAAUGACAACAGGCCAGUCUUUGAAACACCAAGCUACGAGACGAUCAUAAUGGAAGGGAUGCCUGUCGGCACCAAGCUUGCCCAGGUGAGAGCCAUAGACAUGGAUUGGGGAGCCAAUGGGCAAGUCACUUACUCCCUACACUCAGAUUCCCAGCUUGAGAAGGUAAUGGAAGCAUUCAAUAUUGACAGCAACACUGGAUGGAUCAGUACACUGAAGGACCUGGACCAUGAGACAGACCCUACCUUCUCCUUCUCUGUGGUGGCUUCUGAUCUUGGAGAGGCUUUCUCUCUUUCUUCCAUGGCUCUGGUCUCAGUCAAGGUGACAGAUAUAAAUGACAAUGCCCCUGUCUUUGCUCAAGAGGUGUACCGAGGAAAAGUAAAGGAGAGCGACCCCCCUGGAGAGGUGGUAGCUGUUCUCAGCACCUUGGACAGAGACACCUCCACCAUAAAUCGCCAAGUGAGCUACCACAUUACCGGAGGGAACCCCCGAGGACGGUUUGCCCUGGGUAUGGUGCAGAAUGAGUGGAAGGUCUAUGUGAAGAGACCUCUGGAUCGAGAGGAACAAGACAUGUACUUCCUCAACAUCACUGCCUCUGAUGGACUCUUCGUCACACAGGCCAUGGUGGAAGUGAUUGUUAGUGACGUAAAUGACAACAGUCCAGUGUGUGAUCAGGUUGCAUAUUCAGCAUCUCUCCCAGAAGACAUUCCAUCAAAUAAACUCAUCCUGAAGGUCAGUGCCAAGGAUGCGGACAUUGGAUCCAAUGGAGAUAUACGGUACUCACUCUAUGGAUCUGGAAACAAUGAAUUUUUUCUAGAUCCAGAAAGUGGUGAGUUAAAGACCUUGGCCCUGUUGGACAGGGAGAGGGUCCCAGUAUACAACCUGAUUGCCAGGGCCACUGACGGGGGCGGCCGCUUCUGCCACUCCAAUGUCCUCCUGCUCCUGGAAGAUGUGAAUGACAAUCCCCCUGUGUUCUCCUCCAACCACUACACUGCCUGUGUCUACGAGAACACGGCCACGAAGGCUCUGUUGACCAGAGUGCAAGCAGUGGACCCUGAUGUUGGCAUCAACAGGAAGGUUGUGUACUCCCUGGAGGACUCGGCCAGUGGCGUCUUCUCCAUCGACAGCUCCUCUGGUGUCAUCAUCCUGGAACAGCCUCUGGACCGGGAGCAACAGUCAUCCUAUGACAUCAGUGUCCGGGCCACGGACCAGAGUCCUGGACAGUCCCUCUCCUCACUCGCUUCGGUCACCAUCACUGUCCUGGACAUCAAUGACAACCCUCCUGUGUUUGAGAGGAGGGAUUACCUAGUAACGGUACCCGAGGACACUUCCUUUGGUACCCAAGUUCUCUCUGUGUUUGCAACCAGCAAAGAUAUCGGCACUAACGCUGAGAUAACGUAUCUCAUCCGGUCUGGGAAUGAACAAGGGAAGUUUAGGAUCAACCCAAAGACAGGGGGUAUUUCUGUCUUGGAAGCUCUGGACUAUGAAGUAUGCAAAAGAUUUUACUUGGUGGUAGAAGCUAAAGAUGGGGGCACCCCAGCUCUGAGCGCAGCAGCCACCGUCAGCAUCGACCUCACAGAUGUGAACGAUAACCCUCCUCGAUUUAGUCAAGAUGUCUACAGCGCCGUCAUCAGUGAGGAUGCCUUGGAGGGGGACUCUGUCAUUCUGCUGAUAGCAGAAGAUGCAGAUAGCAAGCCCAAUGGACAGAUUCGUUUUUCCAUCGUGGGUGGAGAUAGGGACAAUGAAUUUGCUGUGGAUCCCUUCUUGGGACUUGUGAAGGUUAAGAAGAAACUGGACCGGGAACGGGUGUCGGGAUACUCCCUGCUCAUCCAAGCAGUAGACAGUGGCAUCCCUGCAAUGUCUUCAACUACAACUGUCAACAUUGAUAUCUCUGAUGUGAAUGACAACAGCCCAGUGUUCACACCUGCCAACUAUACUGCUGUGAUCCAGGAAAACAAGCCAGUGGGUACCAGCAUCUUACAACUUGUGGUGACAGACAGAGACUCUUUUCACAACGGGCCUCCCUUCUCCUUCUCUAUUUUGUCGGGAAAUGAAGACGAGGAGUUUGUGCUGGACUCCCAUGGGAUCCUGAGGUCAGCGGUGGUCUUCCGGCACGUGGAGUCCCCAGAAUACCUGCUGUGCAUUCAGGCAAAGGACUCGGGAAAACCGCAGCAAGUUUCUCAUACCUACAUCCGGGUGCGGGUCAUUGAGGAGAGCACCCACAAACCCACAGCUAUCCCUCUGGAAAUCUUCAUUGUCACCAUGGAGGAUGACUUUCCUGGUGGGGUCAUUGGAAAGAUCCAUGCCACAGAUCAGGACAUGUAUGACGUGCUCACAUUCGCCCUGAAGUCAGAGCAGAAGAGCUUGUUCAAAGUGAACAGUCACGAUGGGAAAAUCAUCGCCCUGGGAGGGCUGGACAGUGGGAAGUACGUCCUGAACGUCUCUGUGAGUGACGGCCGCUUCCAAGUGCCCAUCGACGUCGUCGUGCACGUGGAGCAGCUCGUGCAUGAGAUGCUGCAAAACACUGUCACCAUCCGCUUUGAGAAUGUGUCCCCCGAGGACUUCGUGGGACUGCACAUGCAUGGGUUCCGGCGCAUCCUGCGGAAUGCGGUCCUCACCCAGAAGCAGGACAGCCUGCGCAUUAUCAGUAUCCAGCCUGUGGUGGGCACCAACCAGUUAGAUAUGCUGUUUGCUGUGGAGAUGCGCAGCAGCGAGUUCUACAAGCCAGCCUACCUGAUCCAGAAGCUGUCCAACGCCAGGAGGCACCUGGAGAACGUCAUGCAUAUAGCAGCCAUCCUGGAGAAGAACUGCUCAGGACUGGACUGUCAGGAGCAGCACUGUGAGCAAGGCUUGUCUCUGGAUUCCCACGCGCUCAUGACCUACAGCACAGCUCGCAUCAGCUUUGUGUGUCCGCGUUUCUAUAGGAACGUGCGCUGCACCUGUAAUGGAGGAGUGUGUCCAGGGUCUAAUGAUCCUUGCGUGGAGAAGCCGUGUCCAGAGGACAUGCAAUGUGUGGGCUAUGAGGCCAGCAGGAGACCAUUCCUCUGCCAGUGUCCACCAGGGAAGCUCGGAGAGUGCUCAGGGCACACUUCUCUCAGCUUUGCUGGAAACAGCUACAUCAAGUACCGGCUUUCUGAAAAUAGCAAGGAAGAGGACUUCAAGCUAGCCCUGCGCCUGAGAACCCUGCAAAGCAAUGGGAUUAUAAUGUACACCCGGGCCAACCCCUGCAUGAUUCUGAAGAUCGUGGAAGGCAAACUGUGGUUCCAGCUGGACUGUGGCAGCGGCCCUGGGAUCCUGGGCAUCUCCAGCCGAGCUGUCAACGACGGGAGCUGGCACUCGGUCUUCCUGGAGCUCAAUCGCAAUUUCACCAGCCUGGCCCUGGACGACAGUUAUGUGGAGCGGCGCAGGGCGCCCCUGUACUUCCAGACUCUAAGCACCGAGAGUGCCAUCUUCUUUGGUGCCCUGGUGCAGGCCGAUAACAUCCGCAGUCUGACGGACACACGAGUCACCCAGGUCCUCGGUGGCUUCCAGGGUUGUCUGGACUCGGUGGUGCUUAAUCACAACGAGCUGCCCCUCCAAAACAAGCGCAGCAGCUUCGCGGAAGUUGUGGGUCUGACGGAGUUGAAGUUGGGCUGCGUGCUCUACCCGGAUGCAUGCCAACGCAAUCCCUGUCAGCACGGGGGCAGCUGCAGCGGUCUGCCCUCUGGUGGCUAUCAGUGUUCCUGUCUCUCACAGUUCACGGGGAGAAACUGUGAAGCAGAGAUCACAGCCUGCUUCCCCAACCCUUGCCGGAAUGGAGGAUCCUGUGACCCCAUAGGAAACACCUUUGUCUGCAGCUGUAAAGCCGGCCUCACGGGCGUCACGUGCGAGGAUGACGUGGACGAGUGUGAGCGAGAGGAGUGUGAGAAUGGAGGCGCCUGCGUCAACCUAUUCGGCUCCUUCUUCUGCAACUGCACCCCGGGCUAUGUGGGUCAGUACUGUGGCUUGCGUCCCGUGGUCGUGCCCAACAUCCAAGCUGGCCACUCAUAUGUGGGCAAGGAGGAACUAAUAGGCAUUGCUGUGGUCCUCUUCGUCAUCUUCACCCUGGUCGUGCUCUUCAUCGUCUUUCGCAAGAAGGUCUUUAGAAAGAACUACUCUCGGAACAACAUCACGCUAGUGCAGGACCCAGCCACAGCCGCGCUCCUGCACAAGAGCAACGGCAUCCCAUUCCGCAGCCUGCGUGCGGGCGAUGGGCGCAAUGUGUACCAGGAGGUGGGGCCGCCUCAGGUGCCAGUGCGCCCCAUGGCCUACACACCCUGCUUCCAGAGCGACUCCAGGAGCAAUCUGGACAAGGGCCUGGAUGUACUGGGUGGUGAGCCACAGGAGAUGAGCACGUUCCACCCGGAGUCCCCACGCAUCCUGACUGCGCGUCGGGGUGUGGUGGUAUGCAGCGUGGCCCCCAAUCUCCCAGCUGUGUCACCCUGUCGCUCGGACUGCGAUUCCAUCCGGAAGAACGGCUGGGACACAGGACCCGAAAACAAAGGGGCUGAUGACCCGGGAGAGGUGACCUGCUUCACAAGCAGUAACAAAGGCAGCAACUCCGAAGUUCAGUCCCUCAGCUCCUUCCAGUCGGACUCUGGUGACGACAAUGCAUCCAUAGUGACUGUCAUUCAGCUUGUCAACAAUGUAGUUGACUCUAUAGAGAACGAAGUGUCUGUCAUGGACCAAGGACAGAACUACAACAGAGCCUAUCAUUGGGACACCUCCGACUGGAUGCCCGGGGCACGGCUGUCUGACAUCGAGGAAAUGCCCAACUACGAGAGCCAAGAUGGAGGAUCAGCGCACCAGGGCAGCACACGAGAGCUGGAGAGCGACUACUACCUGGGCGGAUACGACAUCGACAGUGAAUACCCCCCACCUCAUGAAGAAGAGUUCCUAAGUCAGGAUCAGCUGCCUCCUCCGCUGCCGGAGGACUUCCCUGAACAGUAUGAGGCCUUGCCUCCCUCGCAGCCCGCCUCGCUAGCUGGCACCAUGAGCCCAGACUGCAACAGAAGGCCCCGGUUUCACCCCAGCCAGUACCUCCCUCCUCACCCGCUUCCCAACGAAACAGAUUUGGGGGGGCCACCCUCUGGCUGUGAUUUUAGUACUUUUGCAGUGAGCAUGAACCAGGGUCCGGCAGACAGCGUGUCUCUGUCCUUGCACAAUCCCAGAGGCACCUCGUCCUCAGAUACGCCAGCCCACCGUGGCUUUGACGACUCUGAGGUGGCCAUGAGGGACUACGAAAGCGCCGGUGAGCUCGGCCUCACCAGCCUUCACAUUCCCUUCGUGGAAACGCAGCACCAGACCCAGGUGUAG